ACAGCCGGCACCUGUGCUGCUCCACCUCACACGCACGCAGUGCCCAGUGCCGGCCGCAGUCUGGUCUGCCCCCUCCCCACCCGGUUCACCACCACCAUGACACCAGGCAUCCAGGCCCCUCGCUUCUUCCUGCUGCUGCUAGUCCCGGUGCUGACAGCUCCUCCCAUCACUCCCUCACCAAUGGGUCCUACAACCUCUGGCCACACAAGCCCCUCGGGAAAUACACAGACUGUGACUGCCCGAAGCAGCCCAAUGUCCAGGUUCACUGACAGAAGUUCUGUGAGCACAACCAGCAGCUCACUCCCCACUCACAGUCCUGCCUCAAGUGUGGUCACCACUCCAGCUCCCGAUGCCACCUCUUCCCCGGCCACCAGCUCUGCCUCAAGUGUGGUCACCACUGCAGCCCCCGAUGCCACCUCUUCCCUGGCCACCAGCUCUGCCUCAAGCUCGGCCACCACUGCAGGCCCCGGUGCCACCUCUUCCCUGGCCACCAGCUCUGCCUCAAGCUCGGCCACCACUGCAGGCCCCGGUGCCACCUCUUCCCCGGCCACCAGCUCUGCCUCAAGUGUGGUCACCACCCCAACCCCCGGUGCCACCUCUUCCCCGGCCACCAGCUCUGCCUCAAGUGUGGUCACCACUCCAGCCCCCGGUGCCACCUCUGCCCCGGCCACCAGCUCUGCCUCAAGCUCAGCCACCACUGCAGCCCCCGAUGCCACCUCUUCCCCAGCCACCAGCUCUGCCUCAAGUGUGGUCACCACUCCAGCCCCCGGUGCCACCUCUUCCCUGGCCACCAGCUCUGCCUCAACCUCGGCCACCACUCCAGCCCCCGGUGCCACCUCUUCCCCGGCCACCAGCUCUGCCUCAAGCUCAGCUACCACUGCAGCCCCCGAUGCCACCUCUUCCCCGGCCACCAGCUCUGCCUCAAGUGUAGUCACCACUGCAGCCCCUGAUGCCACCUCUUCCCCGGCCACCAGCUCUGCCUCAAGUGUGGUCACCACUCCAGCCCCCGGUGCCACCUCUUCCCCGGCCACCAGCUCUGCCUCAAGCUCGGCCACCACUCCAGUCCCCGGUGCCACCUCUUCCCCGGCCACCAGCUCUGCCUCAAGCUCGGCCGCCACUGCAGGCCCCGGUGCCACCUCUUCCCCGGCCACCAGCUCUGCCUCAAGCUCGGCCACCACUGCAGUCCCCGGUGCCACCUCUUCCCCGGCCACCAGCUCUGCCUCAAGUGUGGCCGCCACUCCAGUCCCUGGUGCCACCUCUUCCCCGGCCACCAGCUCUGCCUCAAGCUCAGCCACCACUCCAGUCCCCGGUGCCACCUCUUCCCCGGCCACCAGCCCUGCCUCAAGUGUGGCAGCCACUCCAGCGCACAAGGGCACUUCUGCCAAGGCUACCACCACCCCAGUUGGCAAGGGCACUCCAUCCUCAGUUCCCAGCCACUCUGAUACUCCCACCACCCCUGCCAGCCACAGAACCAGGACUACAGCCAGUAGCACUAGCCGUAGCAUAGUGCCCCUCACCUCUUCCAAUCAUAGCUUGUCCUUCUUCUUCCUGUCCUUUCGUAUUUUGAACCUCCCGUUUAACUCUUCCCUGGAAGAUCCCAGCACUAACUAUUACCAGGUGCUGCAGAGAAACGUCACCGAAUGGAUUUUGCAGAUUUAUAAGCAGGAGAAUUUUCUGGGCUCCUCUAACGUCAAGUUCAGGCCAGGAUCUGUGGUGGUGGAAUCAACUCUGGCCUUCCGAGAGGGCACCACCAAUGCCAACCAGGUAGCGGCACAGUUUCUUCUGGAUGAAUCACAUGAAAAGAGAUACAGCUGGGUCAUCUCAAGACUUAUUGUGGAUGAUGUGUCAUUUCCUUCCUCUUCCCGGCCUGGGUCCGGGGUACCUGGCUGGGGCAUUGCCCUGCUGGUGCUGGUCUGUGUUCUGGUUGCGCUGGCCAUCAUCUAUCUCAUUGCCCUGGCGGUGUGUCAGUGUCGCCGGAAGAGCUGUGGGCAGCUGGACCUCUUCCCAACCCGAGAUGCCUACCAUCCUAUGAGCGAGUACCCCACCUACCACACCCACGGGCGCUAUGUGCCCCCUGGUACCAAACGUAGCCCUUAUGAGGAGGUUUCUGCAGGCAAUGGUGGCAGCAGCCUCUCCUACACGAACCCAGCAGCCACUUCUGCCAACUUGUAGGGGCACGUUGCCCGCUGAGCAUCCGGCCAGUGGCCUCUGUCAUGGUCUUGGUCUUCACCACCAGUGCCCCCUCCCCCUUUUUCUGGACUGGUGAGCUGGGAGUUCCGGUGGGCUUGCUCACAGCCUCCUGCGCGUCUCUAACCCAUCUCAGCCCUGGGGGAAGCCCAUCCUGGCUCCUGGGGAUGUGCCUGGGGCAGUGGCUCCAGGACGGGCCCGGAAAGCCCCCAAGUGGAGUGGGAACUUGUACAUGGCUGAAUAAAACAUGGGCCUCCCCCGCUCUGGCUCUAA